GCAGGGCUACCCUCGCCCAGCCCUGCCGCCGGCAAGAUGGUGCCUCUGACCGACUGCCAGCGGAUCGGCGUUGGACUGGUUGGCUUCGGCCUCUUCUUCGUCCUUUUUGGGAUGCUCUUGUAUUUUGACUCAGUGCUCUUGGCCUUUGGGAACAUCCUCUUCCUCUCCGGCUUGGUCUUCAUCAUCGGCUUCAGGAGGACCUUCACUUUCUUCUUCCAAUGGCCAAAGCUGAAGGGCACCAGCUUCUUCAUGGGGGGGGUCCUCAUCGUCCUCAUGCGGUGGCCUCUCCUGGGCAUGCUGCUGGAGGCUUACGGCUUCAUCACCCUCUUCAGGAGUUUUUUCCCAGUGGCUUUUGGGUUUUUGGGUUCGCUGGCAAACAUCCCUCUGCUGAGCAAGCUCUUGCAGAAGGUGGGAGACAGCAGCUCCAUGGUGUGACCUGCGAGACGGGCUGCAUCGCUGGAGACAGGAUGGCGUGAGCGAGCCCUGGGUCCGGCUCUCCCAUGGUGAGCCGCCACCUUUCUCAGCCCCGGGACCCUCGGCGCCGGCCGGAGCCACCCCCGCUGCAGGGAUGGUGCCUCGCUGCCCCAUGGGGCUCCCGCGAGCAUCUCCCGAGCGAGGCUCCGGGGACCAAACGCUGUGCCAGACAGGCUUCUGGAAUUAGCGUUAUUUUAUUCUUUUUGUCCUCCCCUGUUGAAAGAUUUAAUUAAAAAGUGCGUCUGAGACCGAA